AUGGCCGAUUGGACACGCCUUUUGCAGUUGAACGCGGGUCGUAGAAACGUCGAACAUAGGCAGGUGGAUUUCGUCGGAAAAGUCAGGGUCUCCGGCUUGACCGACCGACGCCAUGCUUGUGAAAACAAAAGUUUUGGCAACGUUUGUUCAAGCGGAAAUUGCGGAGCUGAGGUGCAGGAGUUCCGUUUGGUGGCCGCUCAUCAAAGACAACCUCAGCUGAGAACCACGGCCCGCAUCUUUUCGAAGAUUUUGGCACUAAAUCACACACCGGGCGACCUUCAGGCGUUGAUCAGAAGAGAACAGGGGCUUCGAUGA